AUGGCGCAUCGUCGGCAACGGUCGCGACGGGUCUUAGAUCUCACGGCACUACUGGCUAUGGUCUCGACCUCAUCGGCUGUCAACUUAUCCCAGUUCCAGCUCAUUAUAUCCAACAGUAUACCGAAAAGCUGCAUCCGCGCCUAUCAGACAGAAAUAGGGGGCUGCAGGGUUAGUGAUUUCACAGGUGGAAGACAAUGUUCGGCGAGUUGUGUGAAGGGAGUCCAGCAGGUGCAGGAUCUUAUACAAGAAGCUUGCGGGGAUCUUAAUAUUAGCCACAAGUCAUUGCUCGGGAUCGUGUUGUCGGGUGAUUUAGUCGAUACCCUCUGCCCUGGCCAGGAUCCGACGACAGUCACUACGACUAUACACCCAUCGUCAACCAAAGGGGAAUUCUCAACAAUUGUUACGGCACCGACAAGUUUCCCAAAGGAGACGAGUCGCACUACCAAAAAGACGUCAUCCACGACGUCAAGUACGAGUACCAGUACGAGUACCAGCACCAAUGACCAAUCAACAACAACUCAAUCUACAACAGAUCAAAAAACAUCAUCACCAACGGCCACGGCUACCGACUCGCCUACCGACACUACAUCAGCACAGAACACGGCACAGCCUACCACGCCGAGUGAGUCGACACAAUCGACGUCGUCUGACGAUGGUGCACCAACACCCUUUCUCGGCGGUACACCAUUCGAUCCAUUACCUGCAGAGCAAGGCUUGGGCACAGUUCUCUCACCGGGAUAUGGCAAAGAAGCCUUGGUAGUUGCGAUAUGUGCUGCUAUGUUAUUGUUACGGUAG